AUGGAAGCUGUAAGAAAACAAAUUUUUACAGGCUGCUCUGGGACAGUGAGAGUUGAGCCUGACACAAAUAAUAGGUUUAUUAAUUUCCUGGUAUUGAAAAAUGCGUUGUGAAAUCCUGCGACUAAUUCUGUACAGGUUUCUAAUGCGGCGUAUUGAAAUCCUACUGGGAGUGACGUUUUAACGAUUCUUCAGCCAUUAAAAUACGCUGGAAAUACCACGAUAAAGCCUAGCGAUUUUAGAGUUGUGCUGAAUAAUUGCCCAUUUCCUGAAAAAGAAAUUAGGACUUUUGAUAAAGGUAGGUAUUUACCCCCCAAUUAAAUUAGAACAAAAAAAUAAUAAAAUUUCAUUUUGGUAUUUUAACAUCUCUUAAAUUGGAACAUAAUUUUUUUAAAACAAAAAUUAUAGGUUUUAUAAAUUAGUUUUAUCUAGUUUAAUUAUAAAACCCAGGUAGAUAUUAUUUAAAUAAUUAAAACUGAAUAGGUUAAUUUUUUUUAAUUAAUUAUUCAUAAUAUUUUUUUAUUUUUAAAAAAAUGUUAUUAAUUUUUUUAAAGUUAAAAAUAAAGUUAAUUUUUAUUAAAACAUUAGCCUUCUUUAAAUAGGAACAGAAUUUAUUUUUUAAAGGGAAUAGGAUUAGUAUUUGGAAUUUGCAUAGCAGUAGCGGUGGCGACUGCAGGGGUUACUAUCGUUAUAUGGAAAAAAUGAUGGAAUAUAAGAGCUGAAGAUUUAAAAGAAAGGAAAGAAAUUUCAGUUCCUGACGCUAUUAUGGCUGCUACCAUUGUAAUUGAAUUUUUCCAAUUGUUAGCUAUGGGUCCAGAUAUUACUCCUAUAAAUUCUUUAAUUUCUGAUAUAGGGAAAUCGUUUUCACUGGAUUUUGAAAGCUUGAUACAGGUGAGAAAUGACGUUUUUUUGAUUUUUCUUGAUGUAGUUUUUGGGUCAAUUAUAUUGUGGGUGAUUUUAUCUGUGAUUGUUUUGUUUAGAUUGGACGAAAUUUUUAAUAGGGUCGCGAUUAUUCGGCAUCUCAGCUCACUCUCGGAUUAUUCUAUAGUAAACUGAUUUUAAAAAUAUUAAAAUAAUCAUGAUUUUAUAUAGGAAGCACCUGAUUAUGAUGAAUUUUACUAUUUUCAGCAUAUUUAAUGCCUGUGCUUGGGAAUUUAUUGUUUAUUCCUUUUAUGUCAGGCUUAUUAGAUGUUUUUGUAUGUGAUAAAUCAAUUGGAGAUGAUUUCACUCAGAGUUUUAUGUAUAAAGACUGCAACCAAUUUUGUUGGGAAAAUGACCAUAUAAUAUAUGUAACUUUUGCCUUUAUUGGUAUUAUUUUAUAUGAGCCUCUAGCAAUAUUUUGUAGACCUCUCUGGCAAGAAUUUCAAUCUUUGGCGCAUGUAAAAUACUCUCCUAGACAUCUUAUGCUGAAAACUAUAUUCCAAAUAACCCUUAUUGUUAUGAAUAAAACAGUAAAAAGAGCUCAAGACAUUGCCCAUGGAGCGAUUUUUACGUUUUUUGUGCUAGUUUUUGCAGUUUUUACACAUGGACAUAAAGCUUAUAAUUAUCCUAGAUUCAGCUGGUGACUGACUUUAAGCUUAUUUGGAAUUGUGUGAGAGUCAUUUUUAACUACAAUUAAUAUAGGAAUUGGGAAUAGUGAUUCUCUUGUAUGAGUUUUUAUAUUAAUAGCUGGAUGGGGUAUAAUAGGAAUUAUAGGAUUAUGGGUACAAAAGAAAAAAUACCCGAGUUUGCUUUUUAGAAGUAAAGGAAAAGAUAUGGACAUUGAAGGGUUUUAGACAAAUAUUUUUGUGAAGAAAAUCAAUUGACAUGCAAAAUUUGAUAUUUAUUUUCCUAAAAAUUAAAUGCAUAAAGAAGAGGGGUGAAAAUGCUAAAUCUAUUAUACUUCUAAUUUAUUCAAAUUUGCAUUUACAUUGACGAGAGGCAAAAGUAAAGUAAUAUCAUUUAAAUAA